AUGGUGUCCGCAGAAACUGUCGGUUCCAUAUUCAUAAAAGUGUUCAAAGUGGUUAUUAACAUUGUGGUACUUAUCAUCUACCGCACCGGUUAUGGAGGAGACUUCCUUGGUAUUGGAGGAACCUGGAACCUGAACGAGGAGAAGAGUCCGGAUGCGGAAAUCGUGGCCUCCGGGGUGUUCGUCGGUUUCAUCAUCUACACCGGUGUGCAGCUGAUCACCUUCGGUUUCGGAACCACCAAACACAAGUACGAGCUCUCCGACACGAUCAUGAACGUGGUCGGUACGUUCAUGUGGGUGGCCGUCGGCGGUACAGCCCUGCACUACUGGCACGGCUACCUGGCGGAGCACGACUUCGAGAACAUCACUUCCGAGCGGACGGCUGGACUGGCGCUUGGCGCACUGUGCGUCAUCAACGGAGCCCUCUACCUGGCCGAUACCGUUCUGGCCUUCAUUCACUAUACUAAAUACGCCUAA